GCGGUCGUAGAACGUGGUCCGAUGCGUACGCGCGAGUGCGAGUGCGAGUGCGAGUGCGAGCGUGAACGCGAACGUGGUCGCUUACGAUCGGCCGCUACGAGAGUCGACGAGAGAAAAGCUUUCGGGCGGCAUUCGCGCACGUUUCAGGGCCACCCGCCGGAUCCCGGUAAGCCCGCCGCGCCGCUUCCAUCUUUACACGGACUUCGCUUACGUCUUUACCUCGUCAAAAUUUCCUAUCGUCUCGAAAUCUUCGAUCGUCCAUCGUCGAUCGACGUUUCUUCGACGACGCGUUCGCUCCUUUCGUUCGUUUGCGUAUUCUCGCGUUUCCAUUUGCCCGAGAAUCGGACGAUUCGAACGACCUAGUGACCGCUAGGCCGAUCGAACGACCGAUCGAUCGAUCGUUCGAUAGAUAGAUAGAUAGAUCGUCGAUGAAAACGGGUAUGGAAGCCGGAACGUGGCCGUUGCUCGCGACGAUCGCGAUCGUUUCUCGCGACACGUGGUGCUCGACGUGAGAAUCCGAUCGUAUCGCGAGUUACAGUUUUGCGGUGGCAAAAGUGGAGAGACGUGUUUCGAGGAACGACGUCUCGUCGGAAAGAACGAAAGGGAAAGGAAGAGGUGGGAAGGGAGGAGGAGAAAGAAGCGAAAGAAGAAGAGAAAGAAAGGGAGAAAGGACGCGUAAGCAAAAGCUUCGUAUCGACGUGCUUCGCGAGAAACGAUGACUCUCGUGACAGACACGGUGUCUUACGCGUGUCAACCGGUCGGUAGACAGUCUUACGACGACGUUUACCGUCAUCAUCACCUCCAACUUCGACAUCAUCAUCAUCAUCACCUUCAUCGUUACUAUCACCAUCGGCAUCACUAUCACUAUUAUCAUCAUCACCACCAUCAUCGCCGGCGUCGAGGAGCGUACGCAUCCACCGAUGAUCCAUCGAUCGAGUGCCUGCAAGGAUACCUGUCCGUGGGAAACGUGGACGAAGAAGCGAGAGAUCGAGUGGUCGAAACAGCCGAAACCGACUCCGCGUUAGGAUCGGCCAGCUCUGACCGUUUUCGGUCGCGAGCAUCGCGGUACGCGGUGGACUCGGACGACGCGUCGUCCGUUGUAUCGGUGGAUGCUUCGGCCGAUCUCGAGUCCGGUUCCGUCGAGGCCGAGGAGAGCAACGAGGGUAACGAGUCGAACGAACCGAUCGAACCCAUCGAAUCGAACGAAAGAAGCAACGAGUCGAACGAGAACGAGCACGUGCCUCAUCCUCACGUGGCACUGGACACCGCUGACACCACCGCCUCGACGCACGGACCACGUCGGUGUCUGCUCUGGGCUUGCAAAGCCUGCAAGAAGAAGACCGUGACCGUCGAUCGAAGAAAAGCUGCUACUUUGCGGGAAAGAAGGCGCUUGAGAAAGGUGAACGAGGCGUUCGAAGUUUUGAAAAGGAGGACGAGCAACAAUCCCAAUCAACGAUUACCAAAAGUAGAAAUUCUACGGAACGCGAUCGAGUACAUCGAAGGUUUGGAAGCGUUGUUGCAGAGCAACAGAUCCUCCGUAGCUCAGGGUCGCGGUUCGACUAACGAUACGCCGGAUGCAACUUCCCCGCGAUACGUGACGGAAAGGCUGAGACAGUUCUCGGACCCUCUGGCGAGGUUUCAACCCAUCAACGGAUUCGAGGGAACGGUGGAACCGCAAUCGUCCCAUCUCAGUGGAAGCAGCUUGGAUCGCCUCAACAUGAUCGUCCAGAGCAUCAACGGACCGACUCACGGGGCCACCGACGCGCUUCGAUAUCCUUCGCAGCAGUGACACACAACGGUGUGUUACAGAUACAGGUGUUCCAAAGGAAUCAUCGAUUUUUCUCAAUUUACUGUUCCUGGAACCACCGUUGAACGCAUCAUCGUGUGGAUAUAUCAAGUUCCUAAAAUGCAUCGGCUUAAACGUAUGCUCCUCUCUGUAAUAUCGCUCAACGAUCGUUUUAUUCGAGAUAGUUUCGUUAUCAAACGAGUUCUUUCAAAUGAAAUAUUUACAUACGCGCUAUCCUUCAACUAUUUUCUGCCGAUCGUGUAAUUGAAUCGUAAUCGAAAUAACUUAUCUGCAUCGCUUCGAUUCGAUUUUAUUCGAUACAGCGACGGCGCGUACUAUUAAUUAUCUCUCUGUAUAUAAAUAUACAUGUAUACGUAUAUAUAUAUAUA